AUGCUUCUGCCUACUCUGCGCUGGCGUCAAACGUUGUUGUCCUUGUUACACUUCCUUCUAAUUAUCACCCCGUUUAUUGUCCAAUCUGUUCCCGUUGACCUCCCUACUGCUCUAGAUCUGUUCUCGGUCUCUUAUGUAGAUCUUGAUAACGGUAAUCCGGUUACGUUUGACCUUUGGGUCGGACUUACACGAAGCGAAAGGAUAGCCACUCUGGAAGCUGGGAUCGCCACCCUGAAGAAGUGGAUUCAACUCGCUCCUCGCGAUGAUACUCCCGAUACGGAUAAUAACUCGGCUUCUCAAGAAGAGAGAAUUGCAAAGUUGGAAGCCGAACUCGCCGCUCUGAAGAAAGGCGAAUCACUCGACGCCGACAACGAGGCCUUGUGGGUAGCUGGCAACGACUAUCAAUGCGGCUUAGAAGCCCCAAGCCAGGAGACAUGGGAGAAGUACGACGUGACGGCAUGGCUGGGAGAGCAGUUCAAAAACAACAAGGGCCAUUUUUACAAUAACCUUGUGAAGAAAUACGCCCCUGAUGUUGCUCCAAGUCUUGCGAACUGUGAUGGAGAACAAUUGUGCAGCGUCGUUAGCUGUCAAGUCCUAUCGCGCCGUUUCUCCCGCGAAGAAAUCCAAAAAGCGUACAUCGCUCUCGAAGCAAUGGCCAACUUCAACCAGUUCAAUGCGAUACUGCGAGAUGCCGUGGACACCGCCCAGAUGAGGGUAAAUGCCUGGGCGCCUUCAUUUGCCGUGGACUUUACGGAAGUCGGUUUAUUGAAGUAUGAACAGAAGCGUCGCGAGAAGCAAAAAGCACUUAUAUUCCACGGGAUCCUCCUUGGUACCCUGGUCGUUACCUCCGCCUUUGGCACAUUUGCCGCAGGCCCAACAAUGGGUCUCGGAGCAAGCCAUAUGAUUCCUAUAGGGUCUGGUAAGCUGCUUGCCGCAAAUCCCGUCGUCUUGGGGUCCGGUGUCGCUGGAGGGGCUUAUGCAGGUGGCUCUGCCAUUGCUCAGGACUUCCAAAAGUCUAUGGACUUUGGUGGAGACCAGGAAGCCAACUUCGCGCGGUUCUUUGGUCGUUUCACCGCAACUAUUUACGACGGUAUCGUCGCUCGGGGCCAGGCGCUGUUUCGCGGCGAAGAGCUUUCGGACGGCAGCAACAUUGUAACGAUUUUGAAAUCGGGAUCGUUCGCACAGCCCAGCACGAGACGAGCCGUACACCUUGGCAAUCAGCUUGAUAAAUACAUGAUGGCAACUGGACUCAAUUACAACUGGCUCACGCAUCACGCAUACAUCGUCCAGUCCGAUGCUCCAGAGGGUUGCAAAAACGAUCGUAGGGGUCCCCAUCAAGUCAAGACCUGUCUUUCAGAGAUGCCAGAUAAAGUCUUCUACACGUACCACAUCUCCCGAGCGAAAGACCAUUCGAGGGGGAAAGGCCAGCCAAGGGGACCUCCGGGAUACCUAAGAUUGACAGGGGACCCGUCCGAGUACGCCGGCCUCACGCUCGAGGACGUUGUGCGCUCAUCCGUAGCGCACUACCGGGACUAUGGCUUUGGUAUGGAUAAGACAGCUGCUAUGACGGACCCACUUGGCUACUUUCGCAAUGGAACCGAGGCCGAGAGGAUAGGCGGUAGUAUGGCAGGCAUGUUUACCCUCCCGAUCGCGGUCAACCCCGGCGGAGAGGCUAUCUCAGCCAUCGGCUACGACUCUAAGGUGGUGGAGGGCCGUAACUACCCGUGUAUGGUGGGCGAUCUCCGCUGGGACGGGAAAGAUUAUGACCAGAGCCGGGACCAGACAUUCGACUUCAUUAAAGCCACGAAUCUCUGGGAAGACGAAGAUUUUAUGGAAUACUGCGAUCGUGGUGAGUACAUGAAUUGCGAUACGCACAAAGUAUGGAAUGGCAAGAGGAUCAACGACUUCCCGAUCCCACCGGAAAUUGGAAGCAAGUGGCGCUUCAAGAAGCGGCCAUUCACGGAGUGUAAAAGCCCGCAGCCGCACGACUUUAAGGGGGCAGAAGACGCCUUCCAUUCGAACCAGAAGGACAAGGGCACGUAUCGCGGCGGUGGGUGA